GCCAACAGAGAUUAUUGAAUUCAGUCUAAUUCUCUUUGAUUCAGUCAUUCGUUGAACGGAUUGUUUGUUCGUAGGAGUUCGUAAUUCAUAAAUUCUGUCGUACUUCGUAAUACAAUUCAAAAAAUUGGUCGUGUUUUUCUAGCAUUCACAGUGAUACUACGUGCAACUUUUUAAAAUAUUAAUAAUAAUAAAGAUUUACGAUUUAUUUGUUACAAAUAAGUUCGGAGUCAUAAAAAUGUUAAAAUCCUAAACCGUAAACAUGUGACAAAGUGUAACACAAAAAGGAUAAAAUGUAAUUUUAAAAAUGAAGUGCUAUUUCUAUGAAGAAUAUAAAUCAACAUCUUUUCGUAUAGAGAGAUAAAAAUCCAUUGGCACCCUGAAGAUGGAUGAUGAAGAGGCGGAUUUGCGUGAACAAAUAUUCCACAACAAUGUCAGGGAGCAGAUCAUAUUCCUGCUUCUGUUCAUCCUGUUGUAUCUCUUCUCAUUUAUGUUAAUUGAGAAGUUCAGACGACGAGACAGCGAGGACUACUUCACGGCGGAUGAGGAUGAGGUGAAAGUGUAUAGAAUAAGUGUGUGGUUGUGCACUUUCGCGCUGGCCGUCUCACUGGGUUCAGCACUUCUGCUGCCGGUAUCAAUCGUCAGCAAUGAAGUGCUCAUUCUGUACCCCAAUAGCUACUAUGUCAAAUGGCUCAAUAGUUCUCUUAUACAGGGUCUAUGGAAUCACGUGUUCCUGUUCUCAAAUCUGUCUAUGUUCGUGUUCCUACCAUUCGCGUAUCUGUUCUCGGAGUCGUCCGGGUUCCCAGGAUGUCGGGGGUUGAGGGGACGUGUGUACGAGACGUUCAUCGUGUUGGCGCUACUUGGAGUAUUGAUGUUGGGCUUGGCGUACGUCAUAUCCGCAUGGUUGGAAGGCGAUCGCUCCAGUAUUGAUGCUUUACUUAAUCUAUGGACAUAUCUACCUUUCCUCUACUCGUGCGUGUCGUUCGUCGGCGUAUUGAUGUUGUUGGUGUUCACGCCGCUGGGCUUCGUUCGACUGUUCGGCGUAGUGGGCGGCGUGCUGGUGAAGCCACAGUUCCUGAGGGAUCUCAACGAGGAGUACUAUAUGUACUCGUUUGAGGAGGAGACCAUACGGCGCCGCAUCAACAACGCAGUCUCUACUGGUGUAGGAUACAUUUCACCGGAGCCAAUGUACCCGGACCGUGGCGACAUAUCGGCGCCGCUCGAUGCCGACGUGUCGAUAUCUAAGGAUAUGAAGAACGCGUCCAUCACUAGGGGCAAGGAGAUCCCACUGCUUCGGCUGAGGAAUGGGGCGCUGCAGGCGGGCCUCAACGAUCGACUGCAGCGAGUCGUGGCAUUGAGAAAGGAAGUGGAAAGCCAGCGCAAGACGUCAUCUCUGCAACGUAACGUGGUGUAUCCGCUAGCGAUGUUGCUCCUACUCGCGUUGACCACCAUCACAGUGCUCAUGGUGUUGCAGAACACGCUCGAGCUGCUCAUCGGGAUUAAAGCAUUGCCGCUCAGUACCAGGCAAUUCACGCUGGGCAUAGCGUCGCUGUCGAAGCUGGGCUGGGCGGGCGCGUGCCUGGAGGCGGUGCUGAUCCUGUACCUGCACGCGGCGUCGCUGACGGGGCUGACGCGGCCCAUGCGCGCGCUGCACGUGCUGCCGCGCGCGCGCCGCACGCCGCUGCCGCGCAUCAUCGCGCUGUGCGCCGCGCUGCUCGCGCACUCCACCGCGCAGCCGCUGCUCGUCAAGAUACUGGGUAUAACAAAUUUCGACCUGCUCGGCGAGUUCGGUCGCAUCGAAUGGCUCGGCAACUUCAAGCUGGUGCUGCUGUACAACGCGAUCUUCGCGGCGACGGUGACGCUGUGCCUCGUCAGCAAGUUCACCGCCAGCGUGAGGCGCGAGCUCUACAACAGAUUCAAAUGGGUUGCCGAGGUAUUUACUCUGCGCGAGGAGCCACCUGCCAACAUUUCACUCAUUGCAACCAAGCCAGAAAGGACUGUAGUUGAAGAGGCAAAAGAACAACAUAUUCCAGAUAGUGGAAAACAAAAAUGUGAAUGAUUUUACUGUGUAUUAUAGGCUGUGGUAUUACAAACUGAGGGAGGAUGUAUCCCAGUUAACUCUCAAACAAUAUGUUCACUUAUAGUGUUAAUAUGUGAAAAAUAGACUAAGACUCAAAUUUUUAGGCAUGUCUGAAUAAACUUUAUGCAGUUGUGAUCAGGUGAGAAUAUUCAUGUUGUUGUAUAGAGAUUGUGUUGAGAGUUGUAUAUAUGAACAUUAAUUUACAAAUAGCAACAAAAAUAAUUUAAAGAAGGAAUUGCACAAAUAUGUCUUACCAGAUAAAUUGAUUUAAUUUUUAGUUAGGUGUUAUGUGGUCAAUGGCUAUGAUGUGAAGUUCCUGAUGUAACCUGCAUUUCAAAGUGAAAACUAAUAUAAUGGUACUAUAAAUAUUAGUGAAGCAAUCAUACUCAACUUUUUUUUUAUAAAGAAUAUAAACAUGUCUUAGUUAUGUCACCUCAGGCCACAGAGUAAAUUCAUUGAUCUACUUAAAUGUCUGAAAACUUAAUUAAAAUUUAAUAUUUAAAUUUUAAAGAGCAUGAAUUACUCAUUUAAUUUAUUCUGUGUACAAUUCUAGUAAUGAUCUUGUGUCAAGUUUCUUUAAUUUUAAUAAGAUGUUUUCAUAAUCUGGAGGUCCAGUUGCGAAAGCUCAGUUGACUGCAAGAGCUAGCCUGGUGUGCCACAGGUUGAGUAUAGCUGGGCUAGAUCUAUUUUAAGUCUGCACUGGCGAAUGUAGUUUAAAAAGUGCCUAUAUUUUGCCCAGUGUAAUGCUAGUUUGAAUUGCAAGUUAUGAUAAUUUCGCUUUGCAUUUGAAGAAUAGCUGUUCUGUAGACAAAAUCAAAAAAAGCACACUCUCAAGUAUUAUAUUAUGAAUAGGACAAAGUAUUGAUAAUGAUGUCAAAGAAUAUUUAUUUAUUUACUGAAUAUUGAUUGUAUCGACACCAUAUGAUUAGGGGUAAUUUUAAUUUUAUAUUUGUUAUCUGUGAUGCCUAGUUUAGUUUUGUAUUGUGUCUUUAUUUUAUACUAUUGAAUAAUGUAAUUAAAUAAAAUAUAAAUGAAACUUCAACAAUAA